AUGGGGGUUGAAAUGAAGAUGUUCAGCAUUUUAUACUUAAAGACAGCAGUAACUUCAAGUGAGGAUAUGCCCCCUGUGUCUGUUGACAAAGAGACAAGUGUGGUACAAGUGCUAAAAUUUUAUGAAAUUGGAGAUCCAGUUUAUUUAGAAUUUAAUAUACCUGUACAAAUAGAUAUUAGGAAAGGUAGUGAUGCCCAAAGAGUGAGUGUACUACAUACUUUACCCCAGUUACUUUUAUCACCUGACACAGAAAGAAUUUCUCGAGAACUCGUACCAUGCAUUAUUGAACUUGCAAGAGGAAGUGCAGGAAGGUCCAAAAUAUUCCACCAGGCUGCCAGUGAUAAUAUUUCACAGGUAAUUUGUCAGCAAGGCAGGAAUGUGCAUCCCAGUGUCCUCAAUACAUUAUUGCACUUUGCUGGUGGAAAUAUUGUUCAUCCAGAUCAGGCAAUUGCUGAGAUUUGGAUAAACAUGUUGCUUACGGUUAUGGAGAGUGUGCCCAGGAAAGUGGUUCAGUCAGUGAUCCUGCCAGCUGCUGCCAAUGCUGCCUGGCAUGAUGAGCAACAGCGAAUUUUUGCUGCAGUUAUAUUUGGAAAGAUGUGCAGUCUACCUGGUACAAGUGAGCUCCGAGACGCAGUAAUACCUAAGUUGAUAGUUCUCUGUCAUGAUCCAGAGUGGAGGGUGCGGACUGCAGCCUGCCAGCAGUUUGUCUAUGCUACUCACUGUUUUGCCUCAUCACCCAAACUCAUCUCAGAAUUUUUGGCUCUUGGUAGUGAUGAAUCAGAAGAGGUACGAGCUGCAGUUAUCAGUGCAGCUGCAUCAAUUCUGAGUGGCCAGCAUGCCCACAUAGUGAUACAGUCAGUGGCACCACUAGUGAUGUCACUAGCCAAGGAAUCACUCCGAGAAUGUUCGUCUGUGUUAAUUUCAGUUGCCAGACACUUUGGAGAACUGAGCUUUGCCCUUCACUGUAUGUAUAAAUUUUGAGAAACAUAACUGACAUAAUUUAAAUUGAUAUAAAUGGAAUUAUUUCAGAUGUGUACUAGAGGUCCACACAUUAUUUUUAUAUGCCGUAGCCAACCAAAAUAUAAAAUUUUCCUCUGAAGUUUUUCUUUUGUGUUGUAAAAUAUAUAUAAGACAGUACUUGAUAAAGAAACAUGGAAAUACUUUUCAGAUGAGAACUGUAUUUUGUUGACUGCGUAAAUCUGUUAAGUUGCUUCAUAAUCUGCUUCUGUGAAAGCUAGUGUCUAUUUUAGCUAUGGCUGUAACGAUAUCAGUUGUUA